UAAAGGAAACUUUGUUUUCGGAAGAGUCAAAUUGUAAUCUUAAUGUUAAGCGUAUGGAAAAGAAAUAGGGUCGGAAACUAGUUUCCUAUGUUAGAUAAUUAAUUAAACUAUUUCUCUUCGGACUGGAAUAAUUACAAGUUAUAAUUUGUUGAAAAAGACAACAAUGUCGGCAAAUACUUCGCACACAGAAAAGGACUUAGAUUUAAGCAAUGCUGGGAGAGGUGUAUGGCUAGUCAAAGUACCCAAAUAUAUAGCUAACAAAUGGGAGAAAGCACCUGGCAACAUAGAAGUUGGCAAAUUAAAGAUAACUAAAAACCCUGGUCAAAAGGCAGAGGUAUCUCUGAAAUUGUCAGAGGCUGUUUUGGCUUUAAAAGAGCCAGGGGAAGAAGAAAUUCCUAAACAACAUAGAUUAGAUGUUACAACUGUAACAAAACAGAUGUUAGGUGUAUUUUCUCAUGUUAUACCAUCAAAUAAUUCAGACGCCAUUGUUCCUGAAACUGAGAAACUUUACAUGGAAGGGAGGAUAGUACAAAAAUUAGAAUGUCGACCAUACGCUGAUAAUUGUUAUAUGAAAUUGAAAUUACAAAGUAUUAAAAGAGCUUCUGUGCCACAGAGGCAAGUUCAGCAAUUAGAUAGGGUGGUUCAAAAUUUCAAGCCUGUUUCUGAUCAUAAACAUAAUAUUGAAUAUGCAGAAAAGAAAAAGGCUGAGGGCAAGAAAAUGCGAGAUGACAAAGAUGCAGUAUUGGAUAUGCUAUUUGCUGCCUUCGAGAAACAUCAGUAUUAUAAUAUAAGAGACCUUGUGAAAAUUACAAGGCAACCUAUUGUAUAUUUAAAGGAGAUAUUGAAUGAAGUAUGCAACUAUAAUCUAAAAAACCCUCACAGAAAUAUGUGGGAAUUGAAACCAGAAUACAGACAUUACAAGGAGGAUGAUAAAGCUGCUGAAAAUGCCCAGAAAAAAGAAGACUCUGAUGAUGAUUAAUC